AUGUCAUCCAACGAAGUUGCGAUUAUAGGAGCUGGCCUUUCAGGCCUUGCUUUGGCCCUCGCUCUCCACAAACAAUCUAUUCCUUGCACGAUUUAUGAGGCUCGACAUGCCUCUCUCGACAUUGGUGGUGCUAUUAUGCUUUCUCCAAAUGCCCUCCGCGUUCUCGACUCCUUGGGUAUAUAUCAGACAAUUAAGCCACUUGGAUUCGAAUUCAAGAGUCUCUAUUACUACGCAGACAAGCCACUUGACUCUUACGAGUUUGGAGACAACCAGAAGUACGGCUAUGAUGGCCUGCGUAUCUACCGCUAUGAAAUGGUCGAUGCUCUCGUCAGCGCUGUCAAGGACCGGGGUAUCUCGAUUGAAUACGGCAAGAAAUUCAUCGAAGUGACAUCAGAGACUGAGACAGAAGUCACCUGGAACUUCGAAGAUGGUACCACAGGCCGCGCUUCCUGCCUAGUCGGAGCCGAUGGUAUUCACUCGCGAGUUCGAAAAUAUCUAUAUCCUGAUCUCGAACCUUACUUCACCAAUGCAGUGGGUGUAACAGCGGUUAUUACAAGAGUUCAAGUGGACCAAGGCUCCUAUCAAAUGCCUGUCACCAUAAUGAACCCUAAGUACGGUGCUUUCGUCAUGGCACCACAACUUCCUGAUGGCUCUGAACUUUUGAUCGGUAAACAGAAGCGUGCCGCGGAGCUGGAUCGUCAGGGUUGGAAUGAACUCUUGAGCAAUAAACAAUGGUGCAUCGAUUUCCUGAAGGAGGGUUCAGAAGACUACCCCGAUAUCGUCAAGUCAGCAGUCAACAAUAUUCCCUUGGGAAAAGUCAACUUGUGGCCAUUCUACGUGGUUCCAAAGCUUGAGACUUGGGCUUCGAAACACUCUCGUGUCGUGAUUCUUGGGGAUGCGGCUCAUGCUAUCCCCCCUUCAGCCGGUCAAGGUAUCAACCAGGCGUUCGAGGAUAUUUAUACCUAUGCCUUGGUGUUGGCGAAAUGUCAGCAGGACAACCUAGCUCGUGGAUUGAAGACCUGGCAGCAAGGACGACAGGAACGAGUUGAUCGGGUCAUGGAACUGAACAAGCAGAUUGACGCGAGACGCAUGCCAAACCAUGCCGCGGAUGAGUCGUCAGAGCUUGAAACUAAGCCAUUCGAUCUGGAGUGGCUAUAUAGCCCGGACUUUGACAAGAUGGCUGCUGGAUGGUUAGAGGCCAUUGCCUGA